GCGCAGUCGGACGAUGAACGCGAGGAUGAUCUCGGAGCCGACAGUGCCCAAGGGCAAUUCAUGGAAGAAUUUUUCGAACAGAUUUAUUUUCAUUGUCGGAUCUGUUUGCUUCAGUUAUUUAUUGAUAUCAUUGUUAAGGUUGAAGAAAUACGAGGUAGUGUAGAUUUAAUUGCGUCAAAUGUGGAAGAAGUUAAGAAAAAGCAUUCGGCGAUUCUAUCCAAUCCUGUCAACGACCCUAAAACGAAAGAGGAAUUGGAUGAAUUGAUGGCGAGUAUCAAGAAGACAGCAAACAAAGUUCGUGGAAAACUGAAAUGUAGGUUAUGGCCUGUAGUGAAUUCAUCUGUUUGUCUCCGGCCCUUCUCUCCCAUGAUUGAUGAACCAGAAGUAAUCGAAAACAGCAUUGAGCAUGACGAAAGCGGUGGCAUGUCUUCGGCUGAUUUGCGUAUCCGCAAAACACAGCACUCCACACUGUCCCGGAAAUUCGUGGAAGUGAUGACUGAUUACAAUAAAACACAGACUGAUUACCGAGAACGCUGUAAGGGCCGCAUUCAAAGGCAGCUGGACAUUGCUGGCAAACAAGUCGGCGAUGAGGAUUUGGAAGAGAUGAUUGAAUCAGGGAAUCCGGGUGUCUUCACACAGGAGUACAACGUGGAACAUGCGAAGGAAUUUGUGGAUCGUGCUGUGGCUGAUACCAAGAAAGCGGUGCAGUAUCAGAGCAAAGCACGAAGGCCUAUUUGCUAUUGGUAUAUCGUAUCGUGA